UUAUUCCUUCACUUUGCAUCAGUUCAUACAAAUCAUUAUAGUCAUCCUUUCUUUACAUUGUAACAAUAUUCCAUUACAUUCAUGUGCCAUAAUUUAUUUAACUAUUCCUUGGUUUGAAGGGCAUUGUAGAUAUCUCUUUUCAGUCUUUAUGCUCACUGUGAUGGAAAUAGGCAAUGGUGACUGGGAUGGGGAAAACUAAGAGAGGGUUAGCAUUUUGCCUAAAAAAUAGCCAGUGAUUUCAGCUGCAGAACAAGUGACAGAACCCAAGAUUUUUAUCUUCCAAUGUGGUAGUUUUGCCAUAUGUCCUUUGGAACUUCUAGUAGGAUCAUAAGAUGAUAGAUUUAGUAGUAUUCUGUGGAAGACAAUUUAUUUUUGAGGGCAGGUAUUUAGCAAAUUAGGUAAAUUUUUUUCUUCCUUAGUCCUAUCUGCAAGAAGUUCAUAUGUAACUAUAUAAAUCAUGCCCAGGAAAUAAAGAAGAAUUAGUGCUCCAAUUCCAUGAUCAAGAACUCUGAAAUUCCUUUAUUUAAUCAUUUCCUAAUAUUUUGCUUCUUUUGUCCCGCUUUUCUAUCCCUAUAACUAAGGUGAAAUUAUUCUCUUUCUAAAUGGGCAGCUUUUCUUCAUUGUCGAAUUUGAUAAUCUUUUCUCGGUCCUCAUCCUUCCUGACUUUUCUACAGCAUUUGAUACUGGAGACCACUUUCUUAAUGGAUGUUUAGUUUUCCAUAACACUGCUCUAUUCUAGUUCUCCUCCCUGUCUGGAUCUCUUAUAGUCUCCCUUGCUAUAUCAUCAUUAUCUAUGUCAUACCCACUAAUUGUGGGUAUACUCUUAAGGUCACAGACCUUCUCAUUUCUCUUUAUAGUCUCUCUCUUGGUGAUGUCAUCAGCUCUCCAGAUUCAGUUAUCUCUAGGCAUAUAAAUUCCCAAUCUACUUACACAAUCCUACUCUCUUAGUUGAACUCCAAUAUAUAUCACAAAGUGCUUGUUGCACAUUUCAAACUGAGUAUCUUACAGGGUUUUCAAACUCAGCAUCCCAAACAGAACUUAUCUUUCCUACAAAUUUAUGCCUUUCCAAAUCUUUCUGACACUACAGGAUACCACCAUCCUUCUAGUCAUUCUUCACUCUUACACCAUUUACCUAACCAGUUGCCAAAGCUUGUUAACUGCUUUUGAGAUCACAUUUGAACUCAAGUCCUCCUGAUUUCAAGGCCAAUGCUCUUAUCUAUUAUGUAACCUACAUUUCUCUUGAUUCUUUUUCCACAUUAUCGCCUAUGUAUGUCCCCUUCUUUUCUGCUUACACAAUCACCACCCUAGGUUAGGCCUUCAUAACCUCUGGACUGGACUUACUCUCUAAUUUAGUGUCUCUUUCUCAAGUCUUCUUCACUCUAAUCUAUCUUUAUCUUCCACCUAGCCAUCAAAAUGUUUUUCCUAAAAUGCAGGAUAAUAGACAGUACUUGGAAUGGUUACCUUUUAUCUCUAAGAUCAGUUAUAAACACCGUUAUUUAAAACUCUUCACAACCUGGUCUUCUGCCUUUUUAAUCUUUUUACCUGCACUUUCUACUUUUGUGUUUCUCACAUAGAACACUUAAUCCCCUGACCUUGUCUCCUUUGUAUUGGCUGUCUCCUAUGCCCAGAAAGUUGUUCUUUACCUCUCCCUUUUGAAAUCCCUGGUUUUCCUUUAAAACUCCACAAAAGUGCCACUUUAUACAUUAAGUAUUUCCUAACUACCCCUCUUCCCUCCAAUCUCCCUACAAUUGUAAUGUUCCCCCUUCCAAAAUUUUCAUGAUUUCAUUUUGUUAUGUUCUCUGAAUAUACUUAUAGAUGUACAUGUUGCCUCCUCCCUUAUAAUGUCAGCUAUUUGAGAGUAAGAAUUAUUUGACUUUGUGUAUCCCCAGUGCUUAGUAAAAGCCUAUAACAUAAUAGGAGUUUAAUAAUUGCUUGUUGUUUGCUUCUUUGAUUUUUGGAAUCCCUUGUUAUCUAUGGGUACAGCACAACAUUUUGAAUGCAACUCCAAAAACCAGUCUUAUCAGGGAUUUCCUGAUAAAAAUGAUGAAAUUCAUUGUCUUUUCCUCAAAUCUCCUACCAGCAGAGGGGGUGUUUUCCAUCCCCUUUUCUCUUUUCCUUUUGGUUUGGUUUAAAGAACAAUACACCAAAUUUUUAGUUACCUACCAGAUCUGUGAUCCUGUCCCUUUUUUUCUACUGUUACAAAAUCUUAUAUUUGCCAAAUUUACUUAUAUGAUAUCUUCAUCAUAAUUGGCUCUUCAUGCUUUUUUUCUCCCAAACAUAAUCUUCCAGCUGAUACAGCAGAUUAAAAAUGGCCAGUGUGCUUCCUAUGCCUGGUUAGCAUUGUUUCCUUAAUGCAGAUUGACUUGCUCAGCAGUAACGUUUUGUCUGCAGCCCUUGUUAGAAUCUUCUCUGUGUGUGGAUUCAUAACACAUCUGUGUGUAUGUCUACAACACUGUAUAAAUAAUAAUAAGUAAUCACCAGAUGGCCCAUAACUGCUCCUCUGGACCCGUCAGGUCUCUUGAAGCUGUUAGUAAAGUCUUUUGGCGUUUUGCGGGGGAAAACUUGUCAUAGAUUUAUUUGUAAAAAAAUUCAAACUCACAACUGGGUGUUUAGAACUAGCUAUUGCUGUCUGUGUUGUAAAUAUUUAACAGGCUUUGCACAGUGACAAGUAAAAGCGCCAUUAUUACCCACAUACAGUGACUGCAGAGCUCUUCUCUCUUAGCCAUUUAGAAGGGAGACAAGGGGGGAGGGAGGAAAAGAGAAAAGGCAGAUUUUUUUUUUUUUUACUGAUUGAGAAAAAAGAAAAUUAAAUUUUAUAAGAAGAAGCUAUUCCCCAGUAGAGAAAUGAUCAAAAGAUAAUAGUUUUCAAAGGAAGAAUUCAAGCUAUCAAUAACCAUGUUUUUAAAAAAAAUGUUCCACAUCAUUAAAAUUUGAGAAAUGUAACUUAAAGCAACUCUGAGUUUCUACCUCAAAACCAUUAGAUUGGCAAAGUUGACCCCCAAAAAUGACAACUUUUGGAAGGACUAUGGGUAAAUGUUCAUUAUUAUUCUUGGUAAAAUUGAAUUUGUCUAGCUACAUUACAGAAAUGUUGGAACUAUGCCUGAAAAGUUACUAAACUGUUUGUACCUUUGAACCCAAUAUUAUCUCUGCUAGACCUGUACUCUCAUUUCAUCCAAAAGAAAGCUACUAAAUAAAAAUUCAAGAGUAAUUAAGUUGGCAUAAUUCUGUUUAUUUAAGCAUGUUUUGCAUAUCUGAGUAUAUCCCACAAGGGAUUUAAAAAAAAAAAAAGGAAAAGAGCCCAUAUAUAUAAAAUUGUAGUUCUUUUCAUAGUAACCAAAUAUACGUAACUAAAGAGUUAUCUUCCUAUUGGAGAAUAGUUAGACAAAUGGUAAUGUAAGAAUGUAAUGGAAGAUUAUUGCAACAUAAGAAAUGUCAAAAUUGAUGGUUUCAAUGGAAAUUGGGAAGACCUCUUUGAACUGAUGAAGAGUGAAAUGAACAGAGCUUGGAGAACACUUUAUAUAAUAAUGACAUAAUAGACUUUUUCAAAUUCUUAUCAGUGCAUUGAUAAAGCAUGAGUCCAGAAAACUAAAGAUGAAAUACUCUAUUUACCUCCUGCCAGAGGUAAUAGACUCAUAGUACAAAAUGAGAUGUAUAUUUCUUGGAAAUGGCCGUGUGGGAAUUUGUUUUGAUGGACUGUGCAUAUUUGUUAUGAAGGUUUUGUUUUUGUUGACUCCCUAACCCUAGGACUUGGUAGGAGAAAGAGAAAACAGACUUUUGUUGAUUGAAAAAAAAAAAAAAAAUUAAAAAAAAAAAACAGAAGAAAACCAAUAAGUUUUAUACUGUGAAUAAGGUAUAAAUGGUUCUCCAUGGAAGACCAUUUGUAAGGUGAAGAAAGGGAACUUUAGCAUUCGACUCAAGAAACUGUGACUCUAACCAAUUUUUUAUCCAUGUACCAAUGGCUAACAUAAAACAUUCAAGCUCUUUUAAAUUGAACUAAAUAAUGAAAACCAAGACGUUUUUCCUCAUAGUUUGUUUAGUCAUAUUUCUGAGUCUUUACAUCCAAAUUACCAACCUUUUUGAAAGGAAGGUUGCACAUAUAAACAAAUAUAAGCCUAGAAUAGUAGGCCUUUGGGUCUCAUCUGAAAUGUGAAAACAUAUACUGUUUCAUGACAUUUCCUUUACAGCAAAUGAUUGCUUUCAUUUUUUUUUUACUUUUUUUUAUUGGCAGAUUUUCAUGGCAGAUAGUUCUGUAGAAAGGUUGGAUUUGGGUUUUUGUUUUUAAUCUUUUUUUCUAUUGUCUUUUGGUAAUUUUCUGUGAAAUAAUUGCACAGCUCUUAUCUCAUUGGAUCAAUGCUUUGAUGGCUAUACAGAAUCUUGCUUUUUCAUUUAAAAUAUGUUCUGCUCAAAUAUGACUGAAUUUUUUCAGAAACUUAACCAUAAUUGUCCCCAAUUCCUUCAGUGGUUUUUUUUUUUUUUUUCAUAAGAUAACUAAAAUGAAUGUUAAAACAGGAAUUGAGUGUCCUAACCCUCAGCGUUAGUUUUAGUUCUCUUUUUGUCAGUUUAGAUUUAGAUGUAUUUAAUCCCCAGAGGAAUUGUUCUUUAAAUCAUAGCACAACGGCUAUUUCUUUCACAUCAGGAUAUGCAGUAAGCAUCUCUUUCGAAACCUCACUUUUGGAGAAACAACAUAGAAAUCAAAAAAGAGAAAUGCUAUUAAAGUUUGUACUAUGUGGCAUUUGGAUUUUUUAGAUUUCUUAUCUCCUACAGUCAUACUGGGAAUUAGACAAGAGGAGGAAAAGGACUUUCAAGAAUUUUGGAGAAAUUACUAAUGCUUGGGGUAUUAUCCUCUUGUCAGGAUGCAUUUAUGUUUCAUUAAGAAUUAUUUGAUGCAAUGGAAAAUUUAUUUCUGUUGGUCUCUCCAGGUGUCUCCCCAGGUGAAAUGCCACACGAAUAUCCCAGAGUUGCAGAUUCUGCCAUCAUAUAAAAAACUAAACUGAUUUUUCCUGAAAUUCUACUCUGAAAUGAUCACACUGAUUAUGUCAAAGCCUAAGUAAAUAUGGCUCCAUCUUUGUAUCUCAUGUUGAGUUUGCAAGUCCCAGGUUUGGAAAAAAAGAAAUCUUUGAAACCAUUUGCCUUUAAAAAAAAAAAAAAAAAAAAUUUGCACGGAUCUGUUUAGAGACUUGAGAAUAAAUUUGUAGUCUUACCCUAUCAUCUAAGUCAUCAUGGAAAAGCAACUUACUAUGUGCUAGAUUGGCCUUCAUUCUCAAAGACACGGCUUCUGGAAGAGCCAUUUGCAUUAAACCAGAAAUAAUUAUUGGAGCAUAGAAGGGAUAGCAGUUUCUUAUUUCCAUAGACCAGUUUUUCUUUGGUUUUAGGCAAUUAUCUCUUUGUUCCUUAAGGGGAUGGGGGGAAUCCAGUUAUCACAUAGAUUGGUACUUGUACAGCAUGGUCAUGAAGUUUGUUUGUAAAGGGCAAGCUAUCCUUUUAUCCAGUGAGAAAGACAUUAUUACUAGCAAUGAGACUGAACUUUACUGCUAGUGGGUUUUUCUGAAAAGCUCAGUGCAAGCAUUCUCUCUUCUGGGAGAUAAGACAUUUGUUUCAUUUGGGCAUUCCAGUAAUGCCAGUAAUCCAGUAAGAUGUUACUGUUUAAGUUUCUUCUUUCUCUCUCCUUUUUGUCAAUUUUCACAUGUAAAUCAUAUGCCCUCCUCUGAGCUGUUUCUUUCUUCUUUGCCCUGGCUUCUUGGUUCUUUUGUUUCAUCAUUAAUGUUGUCAUAGAUGUGAAUUUCCAACAGCACUCUGAUCAACAUUCUUCUUUAAAAAAAAAGGUUGUGAGCAUAUUAACGAUGUUUUAUGAGGGGAUGAGUCUGCUACACAACCAGCACCUGAUUGAGAAUGAGCAUAUAUAGACACUUUAGUGGCUUAGGGUUCUUGUCAGUCCAGCUCCUUUGUUGUCACCUCAUAUUUCAAGAGGUAUACUUGGGUGAAUAUGUCAUUGGAAGAGAUUUACAAACGAGGACCACCUGGCGGUUCAUAAACACAAGCAUGAGAUGACAUUGAAAUUUGGCCCAGCCCGGACAGACUCAGUCAUCAUUGCAGAUCAGACCCCUACCCCUACCCGAUUCUUGAAGAAUUGUGAAGAGGUGGGACUCUUCAAUGAACUAGCCAGCUCCUUUGAGCAUGAGUUCAAGAAAGCUGCAGAUGAUGAUGAGAAAAAGCAGGCUGCUGGGCCCUUGGAUAUGUCCCUGCCUUCCACCCCAGAUGUAAGAAUCAAAGAGGAAGAGCCAGUGGAGGUAGACUCAUCCCCCUCUGAUAGCCCUGUCUCCAGUCCCCACUCCCCACCAGUAAAGAAGGAGGUCACCUCCAAGCCCGCUGUAAUCUCCACCCCCACACCCACCAUUGUUCGACCAGGAUCUCUGCCUCUCCAUCUGGGCUAUGAUCCACUUCACCCAACCCUCCCCUCCCCAACCUCUGUCAUCACACAGGCUCCACCUUCCAACAGGCAGCUGGGGUCCCCCACUGGCUCCCUCCCUCUUGUCAUGCACCUUGCUAAUGGACAGACCAUGCCUGUGCUGCCAGGGCCUCCAGUACAGAUGCCUUCUGUUAUAUCGCUGGCCAGACCCAUCUCCAUGGUCCCCAACAUUCCUGGUAUUCCUGGUCCACCAGUCAAUAGCAGUGGUUCAGUCUCUCCCUCUGGUCUGCCUUUACCUUCAGAAGCCAAGAUGAGACUAAAAGCCACUCUGACCCAUCAAGUCUCUUCCAUCAAUGGUGGUUGUGGAAUGGUGGUGGGCACUGCCAGCACCAUGGUGACCGCUCGCCCAGAACAGAGCCAGAUACUCACUCAGCACCCUGAUGCCCCAUCCCCUGCUCAGCCACAGGUCUCCCCAGCUCAGCCCACCCCUAGCACUGGGGGUCGGAGGCGACGCACAGUAGAUGAGGAUCCUGAUGAGCGACGACAGCGUUUCCUUGAACGCAAUCGUGCAGCAGCCUCUCGGUGCCGGCAGAAGCGCAAACUCUGGGUGUCCUCCCUGGAGAAAAAGGCAGAGGAACUCACAUCCCAGAAUAUCCAACUGAGUAAUGAAGUUACAUUACUGCGCAAUGAGGUAGCUCAGUUGAAACAGCUGCUGUUAGCACAUAAAGAUUGCCCUGUCACUGCACUACAAAAGAAGACCCAAGGGUACCUUGCAGAAAGCCCCAAGGAGAGCUCAGAACCAACGGGUUCCCCAGCUCCAGUGAUCCAGCACAGCUCAGCAACAGCUGCUAGCAAUGGCCUCAGCGUCCGCUCCGCCGCCGAAGCCGUUGCCACGUCAGUCCUCACUCAGAUGGCCAGCCAAAGGACAGAACUGAACAUGCCCAUACAGUCGCAUGUGAUCAUGACCCCACAGUCCCAGUCUGCGGGCAGAUGAUGCCUCCCCCAGCGGAGAGGUCCCUGGCCAGAACUCGCCCACCCAAAACCUGAGAGAGACAUCAUCCCUUCUCCUCCUACCUGCCUUGCACAUGGGAUGGCAGCAGGGAAAUUGUGUUUUAAGUGAGUAAAGGACAGUUACGGAGCUAUUCUGUUCAUCUGCAUGGGUCAUACACAUCUGGCCUAUGUAUUCUAAGGGACUUCUAGCCCCAAAGCAUCCAGUCACUCCCCACCUAACACCCCAAGGUGGUUUCUCAUCCUUUUGCAAAAAGUCUUCCUCAGUGGUGGAAAUAACACCUCUUCAAGCCCCUUGUAGUGUUCACAUGCCCAUCUGUUUAACACUAACCUGUCUGCCACCAGAUUGGGAGAUUCCUUCUACCCACCCAGCUGUAGCAGUCACCCUUUCGAGCCUGAGCAGCAUGCGGACGUCAGGCUGCCUGGAGAACAAGGGGAGGGCCCAACUGGAGCGCAUUGUCCCAUCUAGCUCCUUUCCUGGGCUCAUGGUAUCUCUGGACCAAGAGCCCAGCUUGGUCCCCCAAAACCACCAGCAUCUUCCUUCUCCCAUCACUACCAGUUCAAACAUUUCUCUGUUAAGAAUCUUGGGGUUGCCCAAGUGGGCUUUCCUUUUCAUCUCCUCACUAAGCCCUGGCACCCUCAUUUUGUGGCCUUAAAUUGUUAAGUCUUACCUUGCAAUGGGAAGGGAGAGGAUUCCAGAGCUAAUUUCUUGUUUCCCCCCCCAUACUUCAGCUCUAAUUGUUGGAACAUGAUGGAGCCAUAUAUGUCUACAGAAGAUGCAAUUUAAAACUUUUUCCACAAAGUCCUUAAGAUGUUAGCUUCUCUAUCUUUUGCAGCAGCCAACUGGCCGAUUUGCAUGUGCCUGUCUGCAUCUCUGCUGAUUUCUCCCCCUCUCCCUUCAUGUCCAAAUGAUUCUCUCUAACUCUCCUCCCAUAAAAAGCAGCCCAGCUCCAUGUUUACAGAAAGCUGUGUUUUCUAAAUUGUUUCUCAUCCUUCCCCAUUUUUCAGCCUCACAUAUCCUCUGAAAUACCCACCAUACUUAGAUUCUACCUUCUGACUGCAUCACCAUCUGCCCAGGCCAGCUUCCUCCCUGGUCAUUGCCCAGCUGUGUCUGCCUUCCCUUCUCAGGGGCCCAGAGAAGCCGGGGCUGCUGUAGUUGCCUUGAGUACAGUACAGUGUUGUCCCAGGAGGGUACCGGCUGCUUAGGAAACCUCCUCCUUUCUCAGGUAGGGUUAGAUUGAGAGAAGGAAUCCCCUCCCUCUGAGCCUCUUGUGUGACUUAUAGUCUUCCCUGCAUUAACUAUGCAAUACUGCCUUGGGGCCAAAGGCAGCCCCUCGCUCCCCACGACAGCCCAGCAGCAGCCGCCUGCUGGCCUGGAACCCACUCACCUUGUCAUCAAAAACAGCGGCCACAGAGAGCCAGGAUGAUACUUGACACUUUCUCCUCAGAUAACACAAACCAGGCCUCCGUUCAGGGGCCACAAUCUGCUCCUUUUUUGAACUCUCAGAAAUUUUUCAGGCCCAUAUCCGAGAAAGCCAACCCGUAGUAUGGAGAGGAAGAAGAGAAAAGCACCUUUUUCCCUUUCUCAUGGUCCUGGGGCCAAGGAUCCUACCAGGACAAUGGCUGUGGGAGCCAGUGGCAACCUCGGGCUCCUCAUCUCUCCUGACUCGGCCUUCAGCACAGCUCACCUGCACCGGCCCUUCAGCAAGGGCCUUUGAGGCCCUUUUUUCUACCUUGGGAUUUUCUGUUUUGUUUUUCUUUCAGCUUAGCACUGACAGCCAUGGCUGCCGGCUGCCUUUUAUGGCUCCUAAGGAGCUCCAUUGACCCUGUAUGGCUACCCUUGAAAAAUGUUUUUAAAAUUGAAGAUUUUACCAAAGAAGAGGGGGUAGCUUCUCUCCUAUCUCCAUUUUGGAAGUUUGGAGGUAGAACAUUACUAGCCUUUCCCUCCCCCCAGGUUCAUCCCCAAAUUCUGGCAUCUGUACUUUAUUAGCUCAAGAAAAGCACAUGCAGAGUAGGGAACACUGCGGCCCCUCACAGCCUCCUGGUUCUUUCUCCUUCUUACCCUUCUCCCAGAAACCACCCCAGAAUUGGGGAAUAGGGAGCAGGAGUGGCUGCUUACCCCAAAGCUUUCCCCUUAGCCUGUGGGAAUUCAUUUUGCCAUCGCAACCGCUGUCAUCAUCUUAGCAAGAGGACCUGAGAUCGCCUCAAGUUUCCAUGACCGUCCAGGACAGGACCCCCACCCCAGACAGCUGUCUCACAUAAGGACCA